GCGAUGGAGAACGUCACUCUGGACCCAGAAAAUCGGACCCUGGGUAACUGGACCCAGCACAGCAUCCAGUACAAAGUGGUGAGCGCGCUGCUCGUGUCCGUCAUCUGCGCCGUGGGCAUCGUGGGCAACGUGAUGGUGGUGCUCGUGGUGCUCACCACCAAGCACAUGCGGACCCCCACCAACUGCUACCUCGUGAGCCUGGCGGCGGCGGACCUCAUGGUGCUCACGGCGGCGGGGCUGCCCAACAUCACCGAGAGCGUGUGCGGCUCCUGGGUGUACGGAUACGCGGGCUGCCUCUGCAUCACGUACCUGCAGUACCUGGGCAUCAACGCGUCCUCCUGCUCCAUCACCGCCUUCACCGUGGAGAGGUACAUCGCCAUCUGCCACCCGAUCAAAGCCCAGUUCCUGUGCACCCUCUCCCGGGCCAAGAAGAUCAUCCUGGCCGUGUGGCUCCUCACCUCGCUCUACUGCGUCAUGUGGUUCUACCUGUCCGACACGCACCAGGUUGCCUACGAGGAUGCCACCGUGGUCAUGUGCGCCUACAAGGUAUCCAGGAACCUCUACCUGCCCAUCUACUUCCUGGACUUCGGCAUCUUCUUCGUGGUGCCUCUGGUGCUGGCCACCGUGCUCUACGGGCUCAUCGCCAGGAUCCUGUUCCUGAACCCCCUGCCCGCGGCAGACGGCAAGCAGGGCGCGAAGACGGUGCCGCGGAGCUGCAAGAACUCGAGUCGCACCUCGAGCACCACGGCGGCGUCGCGCAGACAGGUGACAAAGAUGUUGGCGGUGGUGGUGAUCCUUUUCGCCCUGCUCUGGAUGCCCUAUCGUACCCUGGUGGUGGUGAACUCCCUCCUGGAGAAGGCCUACCUUGACAACUGGUUCCUCCUGUUCUGCCGCAGCUGCAUCUACCUGAACAGUGCCAUCAAUCCCAUCAUCUACAACGCCAUGUCGCAGAAAUUCCGUGCCGCCUUCAAGAAGCUAUGCGGCUGCCGACCGAAGCGCUCCGAGAAGCCGGCCACGUACAGCGUGGCCCUCACAUACAGCGCCAUCAGGGACACUUCCAAUGGCGAGAGCCCCGAGCACCUCACCACUGAGAUGGAUGACCUGACGGCCACCGAGGAGUUCCUGCAGCAUAGUAAGGGCCUGCCAUAUGACAGCACCUGUCUGCCCGCCAAGGUCACCUUCAGCACAGCAUAG